AUGGCACAGACGUUUGACAGCAAGCAUUUGGUCCUUUUCGGGGCAGACAAGGGCUGGCACUCUGGCGACUGGACUGCAUCCGACGAUCGUGUUCGGGGCGGUAAAUCCCAGUCAUAUCUUGAAAUCAACGAGAAGACCGCUCGAUUUCAUGGAACGCUUGAUAUCAAGACCCUAGGUGGCGCUGGCUUUGCGAGCCAGCGAACCACUGGGAACGACCGCGAAUGGGACCUUUCCGAGUAUGCGGGCAUUCAAAUCAACACAUCAAAGGGAGACAAGAAACGAUACACCCUGAAUUUGAAGGACACAUUGCUGCCUCCAGAUCCAGACACAGGCCGUGAGCAAUCGACAGUCACCUAUGAAUGCGACUUCGAGCUUCCCUCGCAAGCAGAGCCAGGCCAUGCCUACGACCGCUCCAUUUUCAUCCCCUUUUCAAGCUUCAAUGCAACCUACCGUGGCAGGCUGAAGGACGAUGCGAAACCGAUCAAUUUGAAGAAGGUCAAGCAAAUCAGUGUCAUGAUGAGAAGCUUCUUCGGCACUCAGGAGGGGGAGUUUUCUCUUACGCUGCGAUCCAUCUGUGCGCUUUCAAAAGUACCAUCGGUGGACGCAGAGACCACCAUCAUCGAUCACAGCGUCCUGGAGAAGGGCGACGCGGAUGUGGAAUCCAAUGUCGCAGAUGAAGUUCUUCCUUCGAUGCCACCUUCGCGAAAGGUUGCGUAUUUCCUGCUCGGGGUCGUUUCCCUGUUUGCGGUAUUCCCACUGCUGUUUCCAAUGUCUUGCGGAAUGCAUUCGGGAUGA